AUGUCGACGAGCGCAUCGUCCUCGGAGAGCGGCAGCAGCAGCUCGGGCAAGGCGAACCCGCUCGCGGGCCUCGCGCACUUCGGCAGCCUGCGCGACCCGCGGCACCGGUGGCUCCCGCCGCUCCUGCUGGGCAGCCUCUGCGCACUCCUGCUCGCCGCGUGCGGCGGCAUGGUGCUGUCCGGGCUGGUGUUCGGGGGCGCCGUCGAGGUCGUGGGGCCGUGUCUGGGGCAGAGCUUUGUGCUGUUUGCGUCGUUGCUCGCGUUCCCUUUCGUAUAUCUAUACGUAUGGUCGUCGAGGAAGCAGUACUCGCUCGUGCGCUCGCAUGCGUUCCAGCACCCGCUGCACUCGUGGACCACCAUCGUCGCCCGCAUGGAUCUGCUGGCCUGGUUCGCGGCCCUGAUCACCGUGUGCGUCGACGUGUCGCGCGAGAAGGGCCCGAUGGCGUACCUCCGCGCCGACCUCUUCGUCUGCGUCCUGGCAUUCCUAGCCAACCUGGCGACCCUAUGCGCCGUCGAAGUGGCGUCGGACCCGUUCAUCCUACCGUGCAUAACACCCCUGACCACCGUCCUGAGCAGGAGCAACACCCUCGUCGCAGACAGGCUCGACGACAGCGUCUCGCGCCGCGGCUCCGCGGAGAAGCGGAGGGACAUCCGCCCCGCUGUGGCGCCCAUGGGACCGCGACCGCUUGAGAAGAUCACACAGGGGAGUGAAAAUGGCGACGCCGGGAGGGAGAUGGUGCGCCGGCCGGACCAGAGCCCCCGGAUGCCGGCUUCGUGGCCGGCGUCGCCGCUGCAGCAGCAUGCGCAACCGCAACAACUGCAGCAACUACAGCAGCAUCAGCAAUACCAAGCGCAACACCAACAACAACGACAACAAGCGCAGCCCCAACUCCAGCACCAACAACACCCUCAACCACAGCAUCAAUCCCCGCAACUCAACCCCCCGCACCACCGCCCCCAGCAACACCAGCAAGACCAAGCCCACCACCAAACACCCCCCUACCCACACCCCCUCCCCCCAGUCCACCACCGACCAACCCCCUCAACCCCCUCAACAGACUGGCGCCACGACUGGUCCGCCCUAGCAGGCGAAGCCGGCGUCCUCGGGCGCGCCAACUCGCUCCUCUCAACGACGUCCUCGUCCCUGGCCUCGGGCCCUUCGUCGUCGCUGGCCGCCGCCGGCAUGGGCUCGUACCGCGCGGCAGCGCCCCCUCCGCACCCGCCGCCGACGACGGCGCAGCCGAGCUUGCCGUAUCCCCACCACCACCACCAACAUGGCGGGUGGGCCGGAGGGGGAGGGGGGUAUGUGCAGCAGCAUCAGCAGCAGCACACGCAACCCCUCCCACCGCCGCCGCCGCCGCAGAUACACCCCCGCGGCAUCGUGGCGCACAACGGCCCACCGGCCCCCGCGUACGCGUACGCGUCCUCGUCGCCGCGGCGGCAGCAGCAACGCCUGCCCUCGAUGCCCGAAGAGGUGGAGGAGGAGUCGGGGUCAGGAUGGCGGGUCUCGCCGGGGACGGGGACGGGGUAUCGGGCCGCGCUGUCGUCGGCGGCGGCGUACGGGGGGGGGUCGGCAGACGAUGGGGGGUUACGCGGGGGGUGUGGGGUUGGGGCUGCGGGGGCUGCCGUCGGAGAGGGAGAGGUCGGGGGCCGGUGGUCUACUGCCGCCGGUUCCGAGGGGUGGGGAGACGGCGGGGAGGGUUAG